AAAACAAGAAGCCUGUGCUAGCUUGUGUUUCACGCCGGGUGCAAUAUGUCAACUGGUAUGAUGUCAUCUACGUUCUCGACCGGCCGUGGAGAGGUCGAGUUUGGACUUAUCAAGAGAUCCUACUAGCUUCACACCCCGUGGUUGUAUGUGGAUCUGAACAUGUUAAGUGGUCAGAUCUAGAAUGGGCGCUCCUGUUGUUGCGGAGUACCUCUGGGCCAAACUUCCCGAAAGUCAUCAUUACAUGGGAGAGCAUCGCCUUCGAUAGGGGUAAGAUAAGCUCUGCUGUUCGACCCGCGGAGCCUAACGUACUACAUUCUCUACAAGAGCACGAAGAGAUUGUAAGGAAAGUUCUCGCAGCACGUCGGACUCUCAAGAUUGCCUGGGUUUGUUUUGUGCUGGCAUGUCUAACAGCAGCCCUUCUGGUCGGUAUUGUCGGUACCUGUUCUACGGAGAUUCCCGAACUGGGAAUCAAUUUUCGUUUUGAUUACGGUACUGAACUGGUGUACAUGAUCCUGACUGUUGGUGCGAUUCCUGGAACCGUGUUAUACGCAUGGAUAGAGGUGCGCGACUUUUUCAAUCCCUUUCGACGCGACCUCGAUGACACUGGGUCAGACUCCCUGGUGGGCGCUCUAUAUCAGAGAGCAGCUACCAAUCCAAGGGAUAUGGCAUACGGUAUCUGGGCCAUUCUACCCAAGCUUGGAGCAACUGUUCUUCCUAAACCCGCGUACGAUGCCGCUGAUGGGACGCAGAUACCCUUGGUCUACUGGCAGCUGACCGUGAGUCUGCUACAAGUGACUGGAAACCUGCGAAUCCUGUUUAUAGCCGCCACGCGAAGAAUGCAAAACACUCCGUCAUGGGUUCCGGAUUGGUCUACCUUCAAGAGCAACGCGUGGCGAGACUUGCCAGGAUUUCCUGGUACUGAUCUUCUCAGGGGCCAUCCCCAUAUUUCGUCUGAGACUAAAGAGAUGGUAAAGAAGGAACGUGCUCAUUAG